UCCUUUCUAGCUUUUACUGGUCGACCUUUUCUCAGGGAUCUCUUCUCGAUUCGCUUUAGCUUCAGUCAGAAUGUCAUCAGGAAAUGCUUUCAUUGGGAAACCAGCCCCAGACUUCAAAGCCACAGCAGUAAUGCCAGAUGGGCAGUUCAAAGAUAUUAAACUUUCUGAUUACAAAGGGAAAUACGUUGUAUUCUUCUUCUAUCCUCUUGAUUUCACCUUUGUCUGCCCAACUGAAAUUAUUUCAUUCAGUGACCGUUCUGAUGAAUUCAAGAAGAUAAAUUGUGAGGUGAUUGGUGUGUCUGUUGAUUCUCACUUUUGCCAUCUAGCCUGGAUCAACACUCCCAAAAAACAGGGUGGACUAGGCAGUAUGCGCAUUCCUCUGGUUUCUGACACAAAACAUCUAAUUGCUAAGGAUUAUGGUGUACUAAAGGACGAUGAAGGCAUUUCUUUCAGGGGCCUCUUUAUCAUUGAUGAUAAGGGGAUCUUGCGUCAGAUCACAAUCAACGAUCUGCCUGUUGGUCGUUCAGUUGAUGAGACACUCAGGCUAGUUCAGGCUUUUCAGUUUACCGACAAAAAUGGAGAAGUGUGCCCAGCUGGUUGGCAACCUGGAAGUGACACUAUCAAGCCAGAUGUCAAGCAGAGUAAAGAAUAUUUCUCCAAACAGAAAUAAAUGUUGAAUGCUGUGUUUUGUACAAAAAAAGCGUAUACUGUAAACAUAUGACAGAGCAAUCUUUGCCAUUUCUUAUUUAAAGAAUAGCCAUGUUGUGAACAGAUUGGUUUAUUGCCUCAUUUCAUAAGUUUUUUAUUUUGGAUCGUGUGGAUCUGAAUAAAUGGCUAAUUAUCUACCCUAUUAACCUCGGCCAAAGUAGAGAAUCUGCUCCUUGUACUCGUGUAUAUAGCUGACAAUUGUUAGCAUAUUAGUGACUAUCUCUGGUAUCUGUGGAACAAAUGGCUUUUCCUGUAUUUUGUAUUAUUAAACUUUUAUGAAAAACUG